UCGUGCUUACAAUUGGAGCACUUGUCAAAAAUGAUAAAGAAUCUCCCUACUCUACUGUUUGCUGAGGUAAGCAUGAGCAGCUGGCUGUCACAGCUCCGGCAGGAAGCACGGUGGUUCAUCUUGUACGAACGAUGGCAAGGUGGCAGCUCCAGCGAGACUUCCCUCUUCAGAGCCAGCGGCAGUUUCAAACCACUCGCUGACCAUGCCAUCCAUCUCCAUGUCGUCGAGGAACUGACCGUCCUCCUCCUCCGGCGAGAUCGUGGCACCCCCGUCGUUGACGCCGGCGAGGACUUCAUCCACCAGCUGGUCCGAAAGGAAGAACUGCUGCUGCUGCUGCUCGUAGAAGGCGAAGUCUUGGUUGCUCUGCUGCUCCGGCAGGAAGCCCGGUGGUUCAUCUUCAGGGGCAUCGAGAGUUUUCAUCAACGCACUGAUCAUGCCAUCCAUCUCCAUGUCGUCGAGGGACUGACCGUCCUCCUCCUCCGGCGAGACCGUGGCACCGCCGUCGUUGACGCCGGCGAAGUCUUGGUUGCUCUGCUGCUGCGGCACAAUGCAGCACUGGUUCUGCUCGCCGUACGCAUAUUCUUGGUUGCUCUGCUGCUGCGGCACAAUGCUGCACUGGUUCUGCUCGCCGUACGCGUAUUCUUGGUUGCUCUGCUGCUCCGGCGCGGCGGCGAGGGAGGAGGAGGUGCUCUGGGACUGGGAGGCCUCGACGUCGGCGGCGAGGGAGGAGGAGGUGCUCUGGGAGGCCUCGAGGCCGUAGCCGUCGGGGAUGCGCUUGCGGUUCUGGCCGUGGCCGGUGAAGGAGAUGUAGCAGGCCCUGUGGGAGGUGGCGAUGGCGGAGCCGGGCGGGGGGAAGACGACGUACUCGUGCAUGACCCAGCCGGUGCUGCCGCUCCGGCGGUCGUCGCAGUGGAAGUUGAGGCUGAACCUCUCCCACCUGAAGGUCUCGCCGGCGAGACGCACCGCCCCCUUGGCGUCCGUCCGCUGCUUGACCCACCUGCCGCCGCCGGCCACGGAGCGCACCUGGCGGCCCUCGCCGGCCGCCGGCGCGAUGAAGUAGGCGCCGUCCUCUUCGCCGCGGCCGUGGCGCUGGAGCAGCAUCCACGGCGGCAAAGCCCUCGGGUCGUCCAGGAGGACGAGGCCGGCGAGCGGGGGGCGGCCGUCGCGCAGGUAGGGCAGGAGGAAGAACUGGAGGAGCAUUUCGUCGGUCGGCUCGAACUUGAACCCCACGGAGAGCCCCAGCGACGGCGCCAUGGCUCGAUCGGUUGCUUCGAUCACGCGCAGGAGCUUGAGCUUGAGCUAGGCGUGUGAUGUGUAUAUAAGCCCAAGCCUCUCCGACUCGACUCUGAUCCGACUCCGACUCGACUCUGAUCGCGCGCAGGAGCAGGAGCGCGCGCAGACCUGCCGUCUCGGAUAUAUAGGCGCGCGUCUUCGAGUCCUAGUCCGACUCUGGGCCGGUCUAACGCGCGAUCGGUACUACCCGUAUAGGUAUACGUAUACGUACAUAUACUUUAUACAUUUAUACAUUAUACAUGUAAACUU